AUGGCGCAAGCACCGCCAUCACCGGGCGGUGGACCGUUUCCACAGAUGCAACCUGGACAACAGCCUUCCCCCGAACAAAUCCGCCAGAUGCAGGCCCAACUGGCCACCGAAGCACAGAAGGCGGGUAUGUCAGUACCGCAGUACGUCGAGCGGUUGAAGGCGCAAGCAAUGCAGCAACACCAGAUGCGGCAGCAACAACAACAGCAGGCGCAGGGACAGCAGCAGCAACAGGGAGCACAGCCAGGUCAACAGGUCCCCAUUCAACCGGGGCCGCCUAAACCAGAAGCCAUUGCAGUCGCAAAAUUCUUACAAGGCCAAGAUCUGAAGAGCCGGACGUGUAUUUUCCAGGAAAAGCGCAAGGACAUGUUCAAGGUCAAGCGCGCCAUCCGCGCCCUGCAUUCGGAGGCCUACCAAAAAGCCCGGAAGAAGAACCCGCUCCUUCCAGAGGUCAAGGAUCGAGUCACAGCCGAGAACACGUUCAAGCUCCUCCCACUAUCACUGCUUGCACUCCGGGUCUCGAAGAUCGACGAGCACGAGGGGCACAACCACGCCAAGAAGAAGCGGGUCAAGGGGCUGUGGACAGUAAAGAUCGAACAACAGCAGGAGGCGAACGAUACCUUUCAUUACGUAUGGCUAUACGAAGGCGCACAGUGGAAGAACAAGCUCUAUGCGGUCGGCGCUUUGUUCCUUAUCCUGGCUGUCGUCUUCUUCCCGGUCUGGCCCUACCAUCUCCGUCUUGGUGUUUGGUAUCUCAGUAUGGCGAUGCUGGGUGUGUUGGGCCUUUUCUUCGCUAUGGCCAUCGUCCGCUUAAUUCUCUACCUCAUCACCAUGUUUACGAAUCCGCCUGGCUUCUGGCUGUAUCCCAAUCUGUUUGAGGAUGUGGGCUUCUUCGACUCCUUCCGGCCGGUAUGGGCAUGGCACGAGGAUGAGAAAGCGAUCAAGAAGCGGAAGAAAGAAGAGCGGCUGCGUAAAAAGGAGAAGCGGGAGGCAAAGGCGAAUGGCAAGGUUGCUGGAGGGACCAAGGGAUCUGACGAUGAGCCGAACAUCUCGGAGCCGGUGACAACGAGCGCGACAGGCACGGAGAGUGCGCCUACAGAUGGAAGCAUCGAAACCCAGCAGAGAAACCUCAGCGCGAGGGUGGAGGAGGUUGAAGACGAGUAA